CAUGCACAGUUGUAGGACGCCAUUACCGUACCAAAACAAGCUGUGAGCACUGAGAAGGCCAACCUUAAAACUAAUAGAUCUAUAAUUAUAAUAUAAUGGCAAAGUGGGAAGCCUAGUUUCAUCCUUUUUUGUGAGAUAUAUUGCUAUCCAUCUUUGACCAGAGAAGUUGAGAGGCUGUUCACUGUACUGCAAAUGGUCGUCUGUUUAUAGUGUAACUGGUGAAGCCUCGACCCUACCUCUCCUGUUGUUCUUGAAUCAUGGAUCCGGAAUACGAGAAAAGACUGCUACGUCAGCAGAAUGGACAGAUGGCUCCUUUUGGAAUGCCUAUGUUUGCCAGCCCAGUUGUCUCUCCAAGUAAGAAGAUUUAUGGCGACAGAUUCAUUCCAACCAGAGCUAGUCCUUGCUGGCAUAUCAACUUUGACCUCAACCAACCACAAACUCCAAGCUCAACUCUGAAAGCAAAAGAUUCAAACAGUGAAACCUCCAAAGAUGGUCUUGCAUAUGCUUGCCUCUUGAAAAAUGAACUGCUGUCUGCUGGGAUUGAAGAUUUAAAGGAUCUGCAUACAGAAGACAAGAAAGUCCUCGCUCCCAAAGAAACAAAAAAUUUAUUCAAAUUCCACACACCGCGGCGCUGCUCCGACGGCUGCGACGUCUCCCCAUACUCACUCUCUCCUGUUGGCAGCAAAAGUCAGAAGCUCCUGAGGUCACCACGAAAGGCUGUGCGGAAAAUCUCCAAGAUUCCAUUCAAAGUUCUGGACGCGCCGGAGCUACAGGACGACUUCUACCUGAACCUUGUGGACUGGUCAUCCCAGAAUGUGCUGAGUGUGGGACUGGGCACCUGUGUGUACCUGUGGAGUGCUUGUACUAGUCAGGUGACCAGACUGUGCGACCUGGCCUCGGACAACGACACAGUUACGUCGGUCUCCUGGUCAGAGAGGGGCAAUCAAGUCGCUGUGGGAACAAACAAAGGCUACGUGCAGAUCUGGGAUGUUUCAGUCAGCAAAAAAGUUCACACCUUGACAGGUCACAGUGCCAGAGUUGGAGCUCUUGCGUGGAAUGGAGACAUGUUGUCCUCGGGCAGUCGCGACAGGUUGAUAUUGCAGCGAGACAUCCGGACUCCUAAUUCCACACCCGAGAGGAAGCUCAUCGGCCACAAGCAAGAGGUGUGCGGCCUGAAAUGGUCACCUGACCACCAGCACCUGGCCUCGGGUGGCAACGACAACCGCCUGUUUGUGUGGAACGCGACCAGCACCACGCCCAUGCAGCACCACAUGGAGCACUUGGCUGCCGUCAAGGCCAUUGCCUGGUCGCCCCACCAGCACGGGCUGUUGGCCAGCGGGGGCGGCACGGCUGACCGCUGCAUCCGCUUCUGGAACACGUUGACCAACCAGCCGCUGCACUGCGUGGACACGGGCUCCCAAGUCUGCAACCUGGCCUGGUCCAAACACUCCAACGAGCUGGUAAGCACACAUGGCUACUCUCAGAACCAGAUCUUGGUGUGGAAGUACCCGUCACUUGUACAGAUUGCCAAACUGACGGGACAUUCCUACAGGGUGCUCUACCUGGCGAUGUCUCCAGACGGGGAAGCCAUCGUGACUGGAGCGGGAGAUGAAACUCUGAGGUUCUGGAACGUUUUCAGCAAAACACGAUCAACAAAGGAGUCCAAGUCCGUGCUGAAUCUCUUCACCCGCAUCAGAUAAACAUUUGGCUGUGACCUUCACUUACGACCUUCACCACAUUGUGUGUGUGGCCACCUUCACAGCAUUGUAUGUGUGAAGACCCAAGUGGAAAGUUGUCGAAUCUUCAUUCAUUGUCUGGGAGUUGGGGUCUAUGUGUGGAUUAUGAAUGGGGCUUGAAUUGGAUAAGAUUGACUUUGUGAGUAAAUGAUCCUUGUAUCACUGAGUGAAUGAUCCUUGUAUCGCUGAGUGAAAGAUACUUGUAUCGCUGAGUGAGUGUGAAUGAUAAUUGUAUCGCUGAGUGAAUGAUACUUGUAUUGCUGAGUGGGUGUGAAUGGUACUUGUAUCGCUGAGUGAAUGAUGCUUGUAUCGCUGAGUGAGUGUGAAUGAUACUUGUAUCGCUGAGUGAGUGUGAAUGAUACAUAUAUUGCUGAGUAAGUGUGAAUGAUACUUGUAUUGCUGAGUGAGUGUGGAUGAUACUUGUAUCGCUGAGUGAGUGUGAAUGAUACUUGUAUUGCUAUAGAAAUUGAGUUUAUUACUUCAUGAGUGAGCAGCCCAUUAUUGCUGAGUGAAUGUUUGUAACUUUGUUGUGGGGAAUUCCCAGAGCCAUACAAAAUGACUGACCCCUGGAGUGUUCAGGUCUUGUGGAAGAACUGGGCCGGUCAGUCUGUGCGUCUGCUUAUCUGGACUCUCUUUUUGUCAGUGUGUAUGUUUUGGAUCCUUUCGGGGGUUGUUGUUUUUUUAUUUAUGGUUUUAAAAAAACACCUUUGGUUAUAAUUGGAUAUAUUGAUCAAAUUGUGAUGGAUUGUGUGGUAUUAGUUGGGAGGAAAAAGUUAAGGCACGUUUUUUUUCUUCUGUCAUUGAGAAGUAGGAGUAUAGAGGGGAAGCUGAUGGGAGUUUUGUGUGUGCUGUAUAGUGGAGGCUUCAUCUGAGACGGCCGCCCAUUGUUGAUGAGGUAUGUGGUCCUCCCACAGUCUCGUUAUAGCGUAGACAAAGACACAAAGAAGUGGGAAGCCACAGUUUUUAUAGAGGUGAUUGUCUUAUACAGGUGGUCGUUGGAGCAGGUAGGACUGUAAUAGUUGAGAACGGAUGGGACUAUGUGGGGAAGUUUUACCAAGGAAGAUGUUACAGGAAAAUAAAACUGACGUCUGUGGUGUAGUGGACGGGGUCUUCACUGUCGCACGCAGGAGACCCGAGUUCAAUUUCGAAGUGAGGAAAAAAUUCUAUGGAGUGCGGUAUCGCUGUCUUUCUGCUGGGAUGGGGUGGCCCUGAUAAGCAGGCUCGUAGCCCACCUCCAAAAUGGUCUAGAUUGUGUUACUUGGAAAGGGGGGGGGGGGUGUGGCGGCUUUGAAAACAACUGUUUGACUGUAUUUCCAUGUUAAUGCAAGUGGGGAGUCAGUAUUAUUUUUGAAAUUUUUUGCUGUUGCUGUACUGUAUUUCCACAGCCACGUGGAGUAUCUGUCACUUUGUAUGUAUCAUGUGUCAUUGUGUGUUGAUUUGGGUUGGGGGUUUUUUUUAGAUACGGUACUGCAGUACUUCUGGGCAUCUUGUCUUGUCAGUGAAUUGUCGUGAUGUCACGACUGUGGCUGUUGUUGGCAUUUGUUUUUAUUUGGGGGGGGGGGGCAGUUCUGCAUUACUUUGCUCAGUUGUCGAGUUGGAACUAUUUAGUAGCGUAGUGUAUGUUAUAGCGGGCGAACAUUGCAUGUACGUGUACCAGGCUCGUUUAGUUGUUCUGGUUUUUUGAAACCGUGGCUGUCACAGUUGUCUGUACAGGCCAAAGUGUGUGUGUGACUGUAUGGGUAUGUCUGGGAUAUGUGAUAGUUACACUGGAAAAAUUUCUUUGCUUUGUGAUGCUUGUCUUGUCUGUGUGUUUGUUUUGUCUGCCUGUGUGUGUGUGAUGUUUGUUUUGUCUGUGUGAGGUUACCUUGGAUUGUACAGACAUAAGACAGGGCUGUGGACGGUGCAGGAGAUAACGUGUUGGGCCAGCGGUGGGUGUACUUGUGAGACUUGGGUGUGAGGAAUGUUUCGUAUGUUGGCCGGACAUGAGGCGGAGGUUUGUAUAUAUAUAGCUGAGAGGAGAGUGCGGGCAAAGUUGUUCAGGUGAUGCUUUGCAGGGGUGGGUUGUGACGUUUGCAAGAUGACCAGUUGGGUAUACAGCACACAAAGUGGUGACUGGCCUUGGGAGACGGAUGAUUGUUUAUUUUUUGGUCUGGUGUGUAGAUUGUUCAUGGUUUCUGUCUCUGGAUAAUAUAAUGUCUUGCAAUAACGUAUGUUAUGGAGUUGUUUUUUUGGGGGUUUUAUGGACAGCAUGCACAGUUUGUAGACAUUUUAUGCCUGAAAUUAUCAGUUGUGGUCUUUAAGUAACAAUGUUGACACAAGUGUCGUUUCCAUGAUUUAGAUAAAAAUUAACUUUUGCUACUGUUAUUUUCGAACAUUUUGAUACAAAAUAACUUGCAUACAUACAAAAAUGUUUUUAAAAAUGUACACGACGGAGCAUGAGAUGUGGCAUCCACAGAAACUGGGAGCAAAACGAGUUAUGUGUGAGGUUCUACUUGAGUCACGGUGUGUGUGUGUGU